GACGGGAUAACAAGGAAGGGCGUGUUGAGGGGCGGAGCCGGAAGAGAAACUUUGAUGAGACCCUCCAGAAGGACGAUGCGACGCCGCCCGCUGUUCCUGGCGCCCAGAUGAAGCUGGUCUCUAUGGCAGCCGGAGUGAUGGCGGUGGAGCCGGAGCUGAAAUGGGUCUCCCUCUGGCUCCGGGCCCGUUGGGCUGCGGUGCUGGCCGCGGUGCUGGCGGCCCUCCUGGUGGCGCUGCUUCCGGUGCUGCUGGUGGAGGGGCAGUGCCAGGCGGCCCUGAAGGGCUGGGCCUUCCUCAGGAGCAAGCUGGGGCUGGGCUACGUGGGCAUCGCCACCUACACGGGGCAUACCACCGAGCUCAGCGUGACCUCCGGCGGGUUGGAGCUGAUGGUGCUGAAGCCCAAAGUCACCGCAGAGGUCAGAUUAGAAGCCAAAGCGGCGUUGCAUCAGGCGUUGGAGAUGAAAAGGCAAGGGAAGCGUGAGAAAGCUCAAAAGCUGUUCUUGCACGCCCUCAAGAUGGACCCCGACUACGUGGAUGCCUUGACCGAGUUCGGCCUCUUCUCCGAGGAGGAGAAGGACAUCAUACAGGCCGACUAUCUGUACUCGAAAGCCUUGACCAUCUCCCCACACAACAAGAAGGCUCUGGUCAGCCGGGACCGGACGUUGCCUCUCGUGGAAGAAAUCGACCAGAGAUUCUUCAGCAUCAUUGACAGCAAAGUCCAGAAGGUCCUCUCCAUCCCCAAAAGCAACUCUGCCCUCCGGAGGGUGAUGGAGGAGUCCUACUACCACCACAUCUACCACACGGUGGCCAUCGAGGGCAAUACCCUGACACUCGCCGAGAUCCGGCACAUCAUCGAGACCCGAUACGCCGUUCCCGGGAAAAGCCUGGAGGAGCAGAACGAGGUCAUCGGCAUGCACGCCGCCAUGAAGUACGUCAACACCACCCUUUUGUCUCGGAUAGGCUCCGUCACCCUGCCCGACGUCCUGGAGAUUCACCGGAGAGUCCUAGGCUACGUGGACCCCAUCGAAGCCGGCCGAUUUAGGACUACCCAGGUGUUUGUCGGCCACCACAUCCCUCCCCACCCUCGCGACGUGGAGAAGCAGAUGCUGGAGUUUGUGCAGUGGAUCAACUCCGAGGACGCCAUGGGACUGCACCCCGUUGAGUUUGCCGCUCUGGCCCACUACAAGCUGGUGUACAUUCACCCGUUUGUGGACGGCAACGGGAGGACAUCCCGGCUCCUGAUGAACCUGAUCCUCAUGCAGGCCGGCUACCCACCCAUCACCAUCCGGAAGGAGCAACGGGCCGAGUACUACCACGCCUUGGAGGUGGCCAACGAAGGGGAUGUCCGGCCCUUCAUCCGCCUGAUUGCCAAAUGCACGGAGACCACCCUCGACAUGCUGCUGUUUGCCACCACAGAGCACUCCGUGGGCCUCCCCGAAGCGCAGGAUGGGGGCGGGGGCAGCUGCAGCACAGGCUGCAAACAGACCAUCUCGCUCAAAACUCGGACCUAAACGCUGGUAGCAAAGGGUGCCCCCUGUGGGAGGAGAGCUGAAAAAGCACUUUCUGUAAAACAUUUCAUUUAUUUAUAUCUUUUAAGUUAAAUCGUUUAAUGCAGUGGCCUCUUCCUAUUUAUUACCCCCAAUAGGCCCCAAGUAACUUGUCUAAUUUUAUUGCAAAAGGGAACAGGCCAGGAUGCUUCUCUGUCUGGCUAGUUAAGUGUCAAGCAGGACUGUUUCAGCUGGAAAAAUCCAACCCACAGUCAGCUUUCUGGCUAAAGAGGGUCAGAUAUGGAAAACGCAGCUGUUACUCUACCCAGCCAAAGCCCGGCUGAGUUGUUCAUCGGUGUCCUUAGCGAACUGGUGCAGUUUUGGUAUUGUUCAGUUUGCUAAUGCACAGGUAGGGCCCAAACUCCCCUUUUUCUGUUGAGGAAAGGGGGAAGGAAGCUUGUGUGAAGCCCACAAAGCUGCAAUUUCACCUGCCCCCAUUUGCGUUUGGGGCAGCUUCACAUCUCUAAAGCCAAACCAGCUUCCUGCCUGCCAGUGCCUUCGUAGGGACUUGUAUUUGUACUGAACUGUGCCUUAGCUUUUCCCCCCACCCCAAUUCCCCCUUCCAGCAGAACCACUCCAGGAGGAGGUCUCAGUUCAGGCCAGUACCUAAAGAGAAGUUUGUGGGCUUUGAGCUGCUCCUUAAAAACGAACAAAAAACCAAAACCGUAAGAAACUGACUACACAAUACCACAGCAGAACCUACUCUUUGGAAGUUGGAGACUUCCCUCUUACCCUCCUAUAAACCCACAUUUGCUCUGGUGCAGGGGUCUCCAACCUUGGUCACUUUUAAGACUUGUGGACUUCAACUCCCAGAAAUCCUCAGCCAGCUUUGCUGACUGAGGAACUCUGGGAGUUGAAAUCCACAAGUCUUAAAGUGGCCAAGGUUGGAGACCCCUGCUCUGGUGUGAUAUUGUGUGUGGAAAAAGCCUACCCAAAUACUAAAGGUCAAAGGGCUUCUUAAAAAUCCUCUGAUAGCACUUUACUUUUAUUUUACCUGGAAUGUGCAAACGUCGUUGCCUGAGAUUUCAAAGUAGAAAAGGUUGAGGUGGGUGUGUAUGCGUGCUUUUUUGUUAAACUGCAAACUCGCCAUCCCCAUGCACAAUCUGAAUGAAUCCCCGUCUCUUCUUGGCUCGCCCUCUUGCCAUCUCGGUUGCCCCUGGGAAGAACCCACACGCCUUGGCACAGGCGUGAUUCAAUCUUAAAUCGGCUCAGAUUUCAGGGAAGAGGCCGGCUGCCCUUCUUUAGUCUUACUUCUAAGGCAAGCCGGGCAGGUACAACCACAACGCAGUGUGUGAAAUAGGAGCAGCGCCUAACAAAAGGGCUUUUUGCACUGCAGUUUUGCAAAGUCCGUGCAUGUUUGGUUGGUUGCAAUAAAGAGAUUUCCCCAA